GAUGAAUAGUUGGGGAGAACAAAAUUUCACGAACUCUUCACGCGUAUUGUUGUGUCUUCGGCGGACAGUCAAGCUGAUAUUAGGCGACAUCAUUCAUCACCAAUAAUUCUGAAACAAAGUGCUAUGGAUCCAUACGAUAGCGACUCGUCGGGUUUGGAGGAUGCGGGGGAUUACACAGAGACUGGAGUGUUACUGGGUUACGCGAGUACAGAGCAAACCGAUGAUACAAUCAGUCAUCUAGGCGGAUGGCCGACAUGGCUCGAUAAAAAUACCCCUCCUCCCGGCGACUUGGCCAAAUGCAAAGUUUGCAACAACCCAAUGCUCUUACUGCUACAGUUGAAUGGCGAUCUACCAGAACGAUUCUCAAAUGAUGAACGCUGGCUAUAUAUAUUUGGAUGUCCUCGAAAAGCUUGCAGUCGCAAGCAAGGAAGUAUUAGGGCUUUACGAGGGAUUCGAAAGAUGAAGGGCCAGUCUGAGAUACAAAAGAAGGAAGACAGCACAUCAAAUGGAGUUAGCACCGGUGCGACGCCUGCUCCAAAACAAGAUCUUGGAUCUGCACUUUUUGGCGCGCCGUCACAAGGUGGUGGUCUAUCAUCGAACUCGAAUCCUUUUUCCACAUCUUCAUCCCCUGCAGCGCAAAAUAACAACCCAUUCGCACCACUACCACCUGUAUCCACAUUGGCCGCGAAACCGCCACAAAACCCAGCACUUAAUUUUCCGGAAACAUUCGCCGCAAAAGCGCGGAUAUCAACACCUGAGACACUCUCAGAACCUGUAACUGCAGGUCCAGUUCUCCCGUGGCCCGAUAAAUCGGUUUUCCCAGCUCCCUAUACAGAAUAUUACCUGGAUGCCGAUUACGAAACACUUUCUCGUCCCUCGACUCCUACAAUACCGACAAAUACAACCGUGGAGAAUGUCGAAGAAGAAUCAGGGGGUACUGCUGAUGUCAAAGAUGCUUUCGAGUCAUCAAUGGAUAAGGAUUUCCUUCGUUUCUCCACCCGCUUAGCACAUAACCCAGAACAAGUGUUGCGAUAUGAAUUCUCAGGUACUCCACUAUUAUACAGCGGCACAGAUGCUGUCGCAAAGGCUUUCCCCUCGCAUCAAACCCAGGGACGGGGGGUACAAGUAGCUCCAAAUGCCGGUACGAAUAAUCGUAUCCCGCGCUGCCCAUCAUGUGGAAGGGAACGUGUAUUUGAGCUACAGCUUGUCCCGCAUGCUAUCACAGUUCUUGAAGAUGGGCGUGAGGGCAUUGGUCUUGGUAAGAAUGAUGCUGGAAUGGAAUGGGGCACAAUCAUUCUAGGUGUUUGUGCCGCCAACUGUGGGACAGUCAAGGAAGGGGAUCUGGUUUGGAAAGAGGAGUGGGUUGGUGUGCAAUGGGAAGAAACGAAAUAAAUUUUGAGAUGAGAGACAUUCUCACUAUUCGGCGUUUUGAUGCGGUCAAUUUUGGCAGAUUUUAUUGUAGAAGACCAUCCGACUAAAAUGCUGUUCAACUUGAAAUUAUGUACAUAUAUUAUUGUGUCCUCGAGAGGGAUUAUGAUCAUGGUUUCAUAGCUACAGUG